AUGUGGAGGGACUGGAGACUGUGUGGAGGGACUGGAGACUGUGUGAAGGGACUGGAGACCGUGUGGAAGGACUGGAAACUGUGUGGAGGGACUGGAGACUGUGUGGAGGGACUGAAGACUGUGUGGAAGGACUGGAGACUGUGUGGAGGGACUGGAGACUGUGUGGAAGGACUGGGGACUGUGUGGAAGGACUGGAGACUGUGUGGAAGGACUGGAAGCUGUGUGGAGGGACUGGAGACUGUGGAGGGACUGGAGACUGGACUGGAGGCUGUGGAAGGACUGGAAACUGCAUGUGGAGGGACUGGGGACUGUGUGGAGGGACUGGAGACUGUGUGGAGGGACUGGAACUGUGUGGAGGGGACUGGAGACUGUGUGGGAGGACUGGGGACUGUGGAGAGGGACUGGGACUGUGUGGAAGGACUGGGGACUGUGUGGAGGGAUUGGAGACUGUGUGGGAGGACUGGAAAUGUGUGGAGGACUGGAGACUGUGUGGAGGACUGGAGACUGUGUGGAGGACUGGAAACUGUGUGGAAGGGACUGGAGACUGCGUGGAGGACUGGUGACUGUGGAGAGACUGGAGCUGUGUGGAAGGACUGGAAGCUGUGUGGAGGCACUGGGGACUGUGUGGAGAGGGACUGGAAGCUAUGUGGGGACUGGGGAGCUGUGUGGAAGGACUGGAGACUGUGUGGAAGGACUGGAAGCAUGUGGAGGGACUGGAGCUCUGUGGAGGACUGGAGCUGUGGGGAGGGACUGGAGAUUGUGUGGAAGGACUGGGACUGUGUGUGGAGGGACUGGGACUGUGUGGAAGAACUGGAGAGCUGUGUGGAGGUGCUGGAGACUGACUGGAAACUGUGUGGGAGGACUGGAACUGUGUGGAAGGACUGGAGAUUGUGUGGAGGACUAGAGCUGUGUGGAAGGACUGGAGACUGUGUGGAAGGACUGGGGACUGUGUGGAAGGACUGGAAACUGUGUGGAGGGACUGGAGACUGUGUGGAGGGACUGGAGACUGUGGAGGGGACUGGGGCUGUGUGGAGGGACUGGGGCUGUGUGGAAGGACUGGAGACUGUGUGGAGGGACUGGAGACUGUGUGGAGGGACUGAGACUGUGUGGGGGGACUGGAGACUGUGUGGAAGGACUGGAAACUGUGUGGAGGGGACUGGAGCUGUGUGGAGGGACUGGGGACUGUGUGGAAGGACUGGAAACUGUGUGGAGGGGACUGGGACUGUGUGGAGGGACUGGAGACUGUGUGGAACUAAACUGUGUGGAGGACUGGACUGUGUGGAAAGGACUGGAAAUUGUGUGGAGGGACUGGGGACUGUGUGGAAGGACUGGGCUGUGUGUGAAGGGACUGGAGACUGUGUGAAAGGACUGGAGACUGUGUGGAGGGGGACUGGGGCUAUGUGGAAGGAUGGAAGCUGUGUGGAGAGGGACUAUGGAGACUGUGUGGAGGGACUGGGAGACUGUGUGGAAGAACUGGAAACUGUGUGGAGGGACUGGGGCUGUGUGGAGGGACUGGGGCUGUGUGGAGGGACUGGAGACUGUGUGGAGGACUGGAGACUGACUGGAGCUGUGUGGAGCACUGGGACUGUGUGGAGGACUGGAGAGCUAUGUGGAGGGGACUGGGGACUCAAUGUGGGGAGGACUGGAGACUGUGUGUGGAGGACUAGAGCACCAGUAAAUGGAGGGACUGGAGACUCUGUGGAAGGACUGGAAACUGUGAGGGAGGGACUGGAGAUUGUGUGGAAGGACUGGAGACUGUGUGGAGGGACUGGGGACUGUGGAACUGGAAACUGUGUGGAGGUACUGGGGACUGUGUGGAGGGACUGGGCUGUGUGGGAGGGACUGGGACUGUGUGGGACUGUGUGGGGAGUGGAAACUGUGGAGGGGACUGGGGCUGUGUGGAGGACUGGAGACUGUGUGGAAGGACGCUGGAGAGCUGUGUGGAGAGGGACUGGAGACUGUGUGGGGAAGGACGCUGGAGAUUGUGUGGAAGGACUGGAAGCUGUGUGGAAGGACUGGAGACUGUGGGAAGGACUGGGGAGCUGUGGAAGGACUGGAAACUGUGUGGAGGGACUGGAGACUGUGUGGAGGGACUGGAACUGUGUGGAGGGACUGAAGACGCUGUCAAUGGAGGACUGGGAGCUGUGUGGAAGGACGCUGGGGCUGUGUGGAGGGACUGGAGACUGUGUGGAGGGGACUGAAGGGCUGUGUGGAGGGACUGGAGACUGUGUGGAAGGACUGGAAGCUGUGUGGAGGACUGGAGACUGUGUGGAGGGGACUGGAACUGUGUGGAAGGACUGGAGCUGUGUGGAGGGGACUGGGGACUGUGUGGAGGGACUGGAGACUGUGUGGAACUGGAGCUGUGUGGAGGGGACUGGGACUGUGUGGAAAGGACUGGAAUUGUGUGGAGGGACUGGGGCUGUGUGGAAGGACUGGGGCUGUGUGAAGGGACUGGAGACUGUGUGA